GAUAAGGUGAAGGCAGCCUCUUUUCAAUGUGACUUGCACUCGCUCGACUUGAAACCAGAAGCGAGGUUCAGGGUUCGGGGAACAAGACGAAGAAGGAGAGGAAGAAGCGCAACUGAUAAGUAAGAAAAACAUAUGAAUCAUAAAAGAAGACAACGUUGAGAACUUACUUCUCUCUUAGAGUCGUGUUGAGAAUUGGAAUUAAGCUUUGAUCAGGCGUCUUGAGAUCUGCCGGUCGGUCCCCUCUAGGACUGUGCUGUGUGGUCGUGGCAGGAACACACCCUAACUCCUGGAUAUGGCAGGUCUCCGUGGUGUCAAGAUCCUGCUGCUCUGGGCUGGAAUCAUUGGUUUGGCUAAAAGUCAAACGCCCACUGUACCAGACAAUGCUCCCACUGCCUCACCUACAACCAACCACACGAAAGGCCCUUCGCCCCUGACCUCACCUGAAGUCAACCCCUCCAACACCACAGUGGAUAACACCACCCCAGUGCGUCGCUCUACAGCUCCGCCGCUAGAGUGUAAUUACACUGUAAAAACCAUCAAGUUUGGCCUCAAGAUUGACAUCACAAGCUCUGCAGUUAACCCUGUUCCUACCUCCAUAAUGAUUCAUGAAGAAGGGAAACCACAGACUGCAGCAAGAUUCUCAGCUCCUCAUUCCAAUCUAAGUUCAUCCCAUAAAAUCAAACAGCUGAAGCCCUGCACUAAAUAUGAGUUUAAUGUGAUACUUGACGAUAAAGACCGACCAACGCCCUGCGAACGCAUGACUGUAAAUGAUUCCAUGACAGAGCCAAUAAUGAAAGAGGACAUUGAAGAGGCCAACUGCAGCUCUACCAGCAGCAAAUCCGUCUGUUACCAAUCUGGAUGGGACAUCAGCUCUUUACAAACGACUCCAGAUAUGAUCCCAGAUCUGCAAUGUGGCAACAACACCGUCUGUUUCAAACCUGGUUCUGAUGACAUUUGCUCUAUUAUGACUUUCAACUUCAGUUCGAAAACCUGCACCAGCACUUCCUUUCAGCUCGACAGAAACAUCAAAAUUCGCGAUUUUUUAGAUGUCAAAAAUAUAAAUCAAACUGCUCCAACACAAUUUCCUGUAAAAUUUGAAACAAAAUUACCUCCAAACUGCAACCUCUCCAUUGAUUACACCUGUCAUAUUUUCUAUCCUCGUCGAGGCCACUACCCAGAGCUUCACGGAUUCAAUAAGGCUAAGAAUCUAUCUGAGCUGGAGCCUUUCAUGGACUACAAGUGUAUCGGUCUCAUCAAGGACAAGAACAAUGUCAACGUAUACAACACAACUGAAGUUAAAGUCCGGAUCGACUGUGAUCUCAAAAUAGACUUCACAAAUACAAGCACCACCAACACAUCCUCUCAGCUGACUUGGACCACGACCAUUAACAGAUGUAAAGACGUGAUUCAGAAGCUUUUGUUCCACUGCCGCUGUGGAGAUUCAUACCAACGUGUAUGGAGUUCCAAUCAGCCUUCAGGAGGAACCUGCAACAUUACUGAUCUGAAGCCAUACAGGGUCUCCACCUGCUGGGUCCAACCCUACUACAACUACCGUCGAGUCGGGAACUCCUCUUCUGUGAAACAGAAAACUGAGAUUGGAGUACCAGAGGAUAUAGAUAAUCUGAAGCUGGAGGUCAAAGACCAUAAUACGAUCAUUGUGACCUGCAAUCAUUCUCAAAUCUUCAAUGGACCUGAGGGAAUAUUCAAAGCACAACUUCAUGAUGGUGGUAGCUCUGUGGAAAGAAAUGAUGAAACAUGUGAAUUUGAAUUCAAGAACCUGAAGUACUCUACGAACUACACAGUGAAGGUGACUGCUGCCAACAGUCUGUUUGAGAGCAACCCCGUCACAAAGCAAAUUUCUACUGAAUAUUGUUUAGAUGUCAAAAAUAUAAAUCAAACUGCUCCAACACAAUUUCCUGUAGAAUUUAAAGCAGAAUUACCUCCAAACUGCAACCUCUCCAUUGAUUACACCUGUCAUGUUUCCUAUCCUCGUCGAGACUACUACCCAUGGUUUGACGGAUUCAAUGAGACUAAGAAUCUAUCUGAGCUGGAGCCUUUCAUGGACUACGAGUGUAUCGGUCUCAUCAAGGACACGAACAAUGUCACUGUAUACAACACAACUGAAGUUGACGUCCGGAUCGACUGUGAUCUCGAAAUAGACUUCACAAUUACAAGCACCACCAACACAUCCUCUCAGCUGACUUGGACCACGACCAGUAACAGAUGUAAAGACGUGAUUCAGAAUCUUCCGAAGCUUUCGUACCGCUGCGGCUGUGGAGAUUACCGAGAUUCAUACCAACUUGGACGGGGUCUCCUAGGUUUCAAACAGCCUUCAGGAGGAACCUGCAAAAUUACUGAUCUGAGGCCAUACAGGGACUACACCUGCUGGGUCCAACCCACCUACAACAGACGGGAUGUCGGGACCCGUUUUUCUGUUCAACAGAAAACUGAGAUUGGAGUACCAGAGGAUGUACAUGAUCUGAAGCUGGAGGUCAAAGACCAUAAUACGAUCAUUGUGACCUGCAAUCAUUCUCAAAUCUUCAAUGGACCUGAGAGAAUAUUCAAAGCACAACUUCAUGAUGGUGGUAGCUCUGUGGAAAGAAAUGAUGAAACAUGUGAAUUUGAAUUCAAGAACCUGAAGUACUCUACGAACUACACAGUGAAGGUGACUGCUGUCAACCGUCUGUUUGAGAGCAACCCCAUCACAAAGCAAAUUUCUACUGAAUAUGUCAAUGCUGGAAUUGGUUUUCACGUCUUCUACAUCCUCCUCACAUCUGUGGCUCUGCUGGUGGUCGUCUACAAGAUCUAUGACUUGAGGUUCAGGAAGUCCGAGUGAGAAUGAUUCUGCAUAAAUCUUACAUCUGUGUUCCUGUCAGAUUGCCUCAGGGUUUUGUUUUUAUCAUUUUAUUUAUUUAAGAUGAAUAAACCUGCAGAUUUUGUUCCACUGAUAAGAAAAUAUCUUCUUAUUUACGUUACAAGAAUAGUUCUAUCACCGCACUUCACAAAGGAACAUCAUCAGUGGUACUCUGCUCUGUAUUUCACAUCAUCUAAUUAGGGCCCGAGCACUGACAGGCACUGACAGGCAGUGAGGCCGUAUUGAAAUUCUAAGGAUUGUUAUUUAAAAAAAAAUUCCAGGCAAAUUAAUUGUCUUUUUGAGUACUGCUUUAACAUGCUCAAAUUCUUUCCCAAAAUGUUCAGAAAAUUAGAAAGUGGUGAAAAUGAAGGUGCCACCUGUGUAUUUUGAGAGCUGCUUCUUCAGAUAAGCUGUACAACUACUGAUUAUGCGAUGUAGUGUUGUAUAAAUGUUUGUUGUUUUUAAAUAAUUUAUAAAGCAAUAAUCUGACACAGCAUUCAAUCAACACUUUUCAGUUAAGAUCUUUAUUCACCCCCAACAACAGAAAGAAAAAAUCCUUGUGGCAAAGCACCGUGGAAACACAUAAAAAACAUGAACCUUUCCCAUUGUGUUUACAUUUUAGAAUAUAGGACAAGAUAGUGAAUGUCCCUUGUACGUUUGAAGAUGUAUUCAUUUUAUUUGGUCACCAGCAGUUGUGUUGUUGACUUGACUUGGCCUGAAAUCUUCGAUAAGAGAAAAAGCUUUACCCCUGAGUUGAGAACCUUUUCUACCAUGUUUUCCUGAAUGCAUCAUGAGACGGGGAGCCGCAGUUGUUGGGUUUCUAUUUUAGAGAAUGAAGAGUUUGUUUUCAGUCUGUCCAGCAGAGGCCGCUGUUACCUGGAGAUCCCGGCAGGAGAUUUAUCCUCAAGAACAAAACAACUGAAUAACUUUGUUCAAGCAAAUUCAAACAUUCUGAUGAGAAUCUAGUUUCAGGAUCAGACUUUAAAAACCAGCUGGGAUCCAAGUCAGACCUUAAAAGAAAUCAACGAAUUUAAGUAGAUACAUGUAAAUGUUCAUGUGUCGUAUGUUUGGCAUCUUUCUCAUUGUUCUUCUUUUUUAAGCAGUGGUCCAUCACCGGGCUUUAUCAUAUAAAAGUGAAUAAUGAGUUGCUUCGAGAAAGCUUUUUGGUUCUGAGUGAAGUUCACAGCGGUUUGUUGAAAAGCUUUUUGUACCCUGCACCGAUAUUUGACUGAGAAACACAUGUU